AUCCAUCAUUAAUCGCUAAUGCUAAAUGCCAAAAACACAAGAAGCAUGGCUAUUCGAGCUCCUAGCACAAGCUGCCUUCCUUCUCCUCUCCACCGCGGGCGACGACCCUCGGUCCUGCUCUUCAAAUUCCCUCGCCCCACCCCCUCCUACUCCAUUGCCGAUGUCGCAACCACUGCGGGAAUUCGGCGCAUCAGCUGCGUUGAUCCGAAUACUAAUGAGCAGUCACCAGUCGCUAGGCGUUCGGCAAAUUACAUGCCAAGCGUUUGGGAUUACGACAUUCUGAAGUCGCUAAGUGUGGAUUUUGCGGAGGAGAGAUGUACAGAGCCAGUCCAGAGGAUGAAGGAAGAGGUGAAGGACACAUUGGAGAGGGAGAAUCAUUUGUUGGCGAAGCUCGAGCUCAUCGAUGCAAUUCAAAGGCUUGGUUUGCAGUACCAUUUCGAGAACGACAUCAAAAGGGCAUUACAAGUUAUUCACGAUGAUUCAAAUGAUGCUUGUUUCUCAAAUGAUCUCCACUCGACCGCCCUUCGAUUUAGACUUCUUAGACAACAUGGCUAUGAUUUAUCUCAAGAUGCGUUUCAAAGGUUUAUUAACAAGACGGGUACCUUUGAGGAAUCACUCAAGAAGGAUGUGAAGGGACUUCUAGGUCUUUACGAAGCUUCUUUUCAUGGAUUGGAAGGUGAAAACAUACUGGAUGAAGCUCAGGAUUUCGCUUCUAAGCAUCUGAAGAAUCUAAACCUCAAUGAAAUUCCAACUUGUUUGGCUAAACAAGUGCUCCAUGCAUUAGAUAUGCCUAUCCGCUGGAGGCCAAACAGGUUGGAGGCUCGAUGGUUCAUGGACAUGUACGGGAAACAGCAAGACAUGAUCCCCUCUUUGCUACGAUUGGCUAAAUUAGACUUCAAUUUAGUGCAGACAAUCCACAGAAAGGAAGUAAGCAAUCUGGCAAGGUGGUGGGUUGAACUUGGGGCAAACAAUAUGACCUUCUCUAGGGAUAGGUUAGUGGAAAACUAUUUUUGGAGCUGUUUAAUGGUUUUUGAGCCUCAAUACACAGCUUAUAGAGAAAUGACGACAAAGAUCGGUUGUAUGGUGACACUUAUCGAUGACGUUUAUGAUGUAUAUGGAACGCUGGAAGAGCUUGUGCUGUUAACAGAUUUCAUUGUCAGGUGGGACAUCACAAAUAUUGAUAACCUUCCUCCAACAAUUAGGAAUAGUUUCAUGGCCUUGUACAACACGACCAAUGAAAUUGGGCAUUGGACAAUGAGAGAGCAAGGAAUCAAUCCCAUUCCUUACAUGCGAAAAGCGUGGGCGGAUGAAUGCAGGGCGUACAUAAAGGAGGUCCAUUGGUAUAACGAGGGCAUUAAACCGACACUGAAGGAGUACAUGAGCAAUGCGGUGGAUUCUAUCGGAGGGCUGAUUAUGCUGCUGCAUAGCUACUUCCUGACCACAGACAAUUUGACGAAGGAGGGACUCGAUUACAUGUCAAAAAUCCCGAGAAUCAUGCACUGCUCUGCCAAGAUUCUUCGACUCAAUGAUGAUCUCGGUACAUCAUCGUAUGAAUUGGCACGAGGAGACAAUUUCAAGGCGCUAGAAUGCUACAUGAAUGAAACCGGCGCUUCGACGGAGGCCGCGCAGCAACACAUCAAGCAUCUAGUGCGUGAGACGUGGAAGACAAUGAACAAAGAUGUGUUCGAAGAUUACCCGUUUCCCGGGUUCAAGCCUUUUCUUGGGGCAUGUUUGAACUUGGCGCGAGCUUCACAGUGCUUUUACCAGUAUGGAGACGGACACGGCCUUCCUGGUCACGAGACCAGGGACCAUAUCGUGUCGACUUUAUUCAAACCCGUGCCCCUCGAUUAGGGAUGCCUGGUUGGCCAAGAACUCGCUUUUGGAGAAAGCCUUUGGUCUCAUACAUUAGUGACGGGUGUUUGUACAAGCUUUAUAAAACUCUUUUAAGAAGCAUAUGCUAUUAUGUGCUUAGUUCAUGGCAUUUCUUGAACGGAAUCUGUCGUUAUUCACAUUAAUAUGAUUGUCUUUUUGGUA